AUGAACAUACCUGAGCCAUCGUCGUCGACUCCGACAGGUGCCCUGAACCACAGCGAAGCCAGUCGCGCGGCUUCUUCGUCCUCCACGUCGCCUACCCGUGCAGAGUCAGGCCUGUCAUCGUCGAUAAGCAACAGCAGGUCCCACUCGAGCUUUUCGUCCCGUCAAUCUCGAACUCAGCAGCCGUCCCAUCCGCCAAAUGAGGUUCCCCCAUCAACCGGGGUAUCAGCGGCCCCUGGCCAGCCCAAAGAUACCCAGGAAGAGCCGUUCCAAACAAAUGGGGCGGAGACUGAGCCUAGAGCUGAAACACCAGGCCGUAAAAGGUCGAAGUUCGGCAAAUUCAUCGAUCGUUUCGGCGCCCUGGAGCUAGAGAAUAAGGGCAGUGUCGCACGUGACCAUCUCGCUCUAGAACGAACCUUUCUAGCAUGGAUGCGUACAUCCCUUGCUUUCGCUUCCAUCGGCAUAGCCGUUACCCAACUCUUCCGCCUGAACACCGCCACAGCAUCCACACAUGCCAACUCGAGCACUCACGCAGCUGACCCUCUUCUCCGCCCACCUUUCUACUCCCCUUCCAUGCUCGACACGUUAGCCGCAUCAUCUGUUGACAAUUCUCGGCUCCGUAGUAUCGGAAAGCCGCUCGGCUCGACAUUCAUCGGGGUUUCCAUUCUCAUUUUGUUCGUUGGCUUCCAUCGGUACUUCGAGAGCCAGUACUGGAUUGUCCGAGGCAAGUUCCCCGCAAGCAGAGGAAGUGUCGCUCUGACUGCAUUUAUUGCUGGGUCUCUUAUUGUGGCGGCUUUGGUGGUGAUACUUGCCGUAGCACCUAGGGCAUAUGAGACAUAG